CAGCCACACCUGCCAGUACCUGCUCUAGCUCUCUACCUGAGUAUCAACAGAAACUAGCACCCGGACAAGAACUAAGAAGAUUUCAACCUCAGUAAGUAAAAUGGACAAGAGUAAAGAGGCCGAGCAAAACCCUCCACCGUACCCUGGACCACCUGCACCUGUGUUUAGCGUAGAACAAGGUCAUCCAGUAUCUUAUCAGUACACAGCCCAGUCACAGGUGGUUCAGCCUGUGACAGUGGUAGUGCAGCCUAAACCCACAGACUGUCCAGGGCAGAUGUUGUGUCCUCACUGUCAAAACAAUGUGGUGACUGUGGUCGAGUACAAAAAUGGUGCCCUCACAUGGAUCAUCUGCGGUGUAAUCGGCAUCUUUCUUUGCUUGCCUUGCUGCUGGAUCCCUUUCUGCAUCGAUGCUUGUAAAGACGUGGAGCACACAUGCCCAGUGUGUAACAAUGUAAUUCACAUCCACAAACGCAUUUAGCUCAAUGACACCACCAUGAUGAUCUUCACUUUAUUAGUAUACCAAUAUAUGUUUGGUUUAAUGUGACUCACCUGUGUCAAAAGCUCUGCAAAAUUCACCCUAAAAUACGACUACAAGAGCAAAAGGUUCACUGUCUAUAUAAUGUAUGUCUUUCUAUGAGCAUUUAAACUAUUGUUGCGUAAAUAAUCAAACUGAAAUCAAAUUGUGAUCAGAUCGGUUAUAGAGUGCAUUUAUCAGCUUUGGUCUUUCUAAUCUAAUCAUCUUUAUUUUAAUUGUGGCAGUGCAGCUAGAGGUUUAGAGAGGAGCUGUGUUUAAGUGGUAUUAUGAAGACAGUCAGGUCAUGUGUAAUGGUCUUUGAGCUCUAACUGACAACAACCUCCACCUCAAGCAGGAGUGAAAUUAAAAGACGGACUUUGUUUACUCAUGAAAUAAGAAUAAGAAUGUACUUUUCCCUGGAUCUGAUGCACAACUGUAGAAUGUGAAAAUAUAUUGAUUCUGUAAUGUUUAUGUAAAUGUGUAAAUUGGUCACAUGUAUAUGUAAGUUACACAAAAGCA